AUGCGGCGAGCCCAGGGCGACGCCUCGGUCCUGAACAGCCCCAUCCAGCUCGCGCGGGUCAGGGGGGCGCGGCACAGCGUGGACGUCGCGCCCGGCCCCAUCAUGUCCUCCAGCAGGAACCCUGCCUCCAGCAGGUUGUCCAGCAGCUGUUGA